GCUCCCGGCGCGGGGCGGCAGCAGCACCAUGGGCCGGCGGGGCCGCGCCGCGCCCGCGCCUCACGGCGUCCCGCCGCGCUAGAGCCGCCGCCAUGGGCUCGCACCUGCCGCCGCGCCCCGAGCCCCAGCUGGUGCUGCAGCUGGCGGCCGGGGCUCUGCAGGCGCAGAACUUGGAGGCGCCCGGCGGCGGCCUGGGGCCCGAGUGGCAGGUGCUGCUCGGGCGGGCGGACGCGCUGGCCUUCGGCGGGCGGCUGCACGAGGCGCUGCCGCUGUACCAGCUGGCGUCCCGCCACCAGCAGCUGCGAGCCGAGCAGCUGGAGAAGCUGGUGGAGUGCCUGGCGCAGAGCGUCCGGAUCAAAGAGGGACUGCCCGCCGCCGGGCAGCCCGCGGCACCCCGCGAGUGGGACGUCUUCAGGUGCCGCAAAUGCCAGGGCUUCCUCUUCGAGCCCGUUUCCUUGCCUUGCGGACACACGUUCUGCAAAAAGUGCCUGGAGAGGGACCGGGCGCCCGAGCCCCGCUGCGUGCUGUGCAAGGAGGCGGGCGGCGCGGCGGCCGGGCAGCUCCUGCGGGUCAAUGUCAUCCUCAGCAACCUGCUGACCAAGUGGUUCCCCUGCCAAGUGAAGGCUUCGCAGCUCCGGCACGAAGGGAACCUCCUCUACAAGGAGAAGAAGCUCCAAGCCGCCCUGCAGAAGUACAACGAAGCGGUCAGCCUAGCUCCAAAUGACCACUUACUGUAUAGCAACCGGUCCCAGAUUAACUCCACUUUGAAAGCUUGUGAAGAUGCGUUGCACGAUGCAGAAACGGCGUGCAGGCUCCAGCCAUACUGGUUGAAAGGUCACCUAAGGAAAGGACAAGCAUUAGCUAAUCUGGGGAAAACAGAAGAAGCUUUAAGGGAGUUUCUAUUCUGCCUUGCUCUAGAUACUGGGAACAAGACAGCCAAGUCUGAGGCACAAAAGCUUCUACUUAGUUUGUUUUCACUCAUCCCGGGAAAUGCUCAGGAACACUUACCCGAUAUCCUGCAGCUGUUGUCACAUCACUCUAGAUUAAAGGGGAAUCUCCUAAAUUCAGUGGGAUCUGGAGGCACCAGCCAUAACCUACAAAGGUUGCUCAAGGUCAAUGUGGAACAGAAAAAGGGUUUUUCCAUUCAAGAGGAACCAAGUGUAACUACUUCUGGUAGUUUGAGGAAAUCUAUACAAAUUACAGAGAGCAAAAAGGACUGCUCAGAGGAGGAGAACAAAUUCACCUCUGUGCCAGAGUCUACUUUUCUCCUCUCUGAGAAAUGCAGCCUCCUGAAAAGGAAGUGCUGCUCAGAGGAGAUGCGAAAUUCCGAGGUGCCCUGCAAACUGAUGAAGAAAGACAUAGUUGAUAUUAGGGAAAAUAGUACUGGACAACAUAUUCCAUUUGAAGUUGUGGAUCCAUCAGAUUUGGACUGCUCCCUGUGUAUGAGGCUCUUCUAUGAACCUGUCACUACACCUUGUGGACACACCUUCUGUCUCAAAUGUCUGGAGAGGUGCCUGGAUCACAACCCAAAAUGUCCCCUGUGCAAGGAAGGGCUCUCAGAGUGCUUGGCUAUGAGGAAAUACUGUAAAACAGUGCUAAUGGAGGAGCUAAUAGCCAGAUAUCUUCCAGAGGAACUCACUGAAAGGAGAAAGAUUUAUGAAGAGGAAAUAGCAGAGCUUUCCAACCUAAAUAAGAAUGUUCCCAUAUUUGUGUGCACCAUGGCCUAUCCUACAGUCCCAUGUCCUUUGCACAUCUUCGAGCCGUGCUACCGGCUGAUGAUCCGGCGGUGCAUGGAGACAGGCACCAAACAGUUUGGGAUGUGCAUCAGCGACCCUGUCAAGGGGUUUGCAGAUUAUGGCUGCAUUCUGGAGAUAAGAAAUGUUGAAUUCUUUGCUGAUGGUCGCUCUGUUGUAGACAGCAUUGGCAAGAGGAGAUUUAAGGUGAUCCAGCACAGCCAGCGUGAUGGAUAUAAUACAGCAGAUAUUGAGUACAUUGAGGAUCAAAAGGUGCAAGGACAAGAGUAUGCUGCAUUACUUGUUCUCCAUGACUCUGUCUAUGAUCAGGCCUAUACGUGGUUUAACUCCCUCAAGCAAGCACUCAAAAGUCGAAUUCUCAGUCAUUUUGGUCCAAUGCCAGCUAAGGAUCCUGACCCACAGGCUAACCCCAACGGGCCAGCCUGGUGCUGGUGGGUCCUGGCUGUGCUUCCCCUGGAGAACAGAGCCCAGCUGCCCUUCCUGGCCAUGAAGUCGCUCAGGGAGCGCCUGAGCGGCAUCCGGCGCGUGCUGACCUUCAUGGCGCGCGCCAGGCCGCGGUGACGGUGAGCGCCAGAGCUGGGCAGCCCCUGGAGCUUCACCCCACUGCAAUAAUGUCUUACAGAUCUGAGUGUCAGGAUGCUUCAAGCCUGAGGUUCAAAGAGAAUGACUUUAUAAAGAGCAGGGGAUGUUUAUGGAUACUUCAGUAGUUUCCGUUUGGAACUGAGACGAGUAUUCAAUCGCUGCACUGCUAAAUUAAUAACAAAUGUGAUAGAACAAAAAGUGAUCUUGUUUGCCAUAAACCUUUUAAAAAUCUUAAGGGUUUUUUAAUUUAUUUUAUUUUUAUUUUUUAGUGGAUAAAGGAUAAACUGUGCAGUUUAAUGUGAAGCAGAAAUAUUAAGGUUAAUGCAUUAUUUCAGUGAACUGCAAAGUCUUUUAUUCAAAUGGUUCAGGUUUUAUAUAGCAUUGUGUAAAAUAAUGUUCACAACUUCUGUUUGAUAAUUUAUUUUUGCACUAUGAUUUUUUUUGUUUCAAAAUGUAUAUUAUUUAUGUGUUCAUUCACUAAAGGAAAGUGAGCUGCUCUAUUUAUAGUGUUUUUACCCUGUAUUUAUGACUGGGGGCAAAAAUUAUGAUUCUUGCAGUGCACAAGCAACUGCUUUGAUAAUUUUUCAGUUAUUUGUGUUCAAAUACUUUGAAUGUUUUUCUACUCAUCCCCAGUUCUACUGUAGCUUAAGAACGCCCCCAAAACAUCCUGCCUUGAAGUCUUUAAAUACACAGAUUGUCUGAGUUAAUUCAAGCACAGCUGUUGAAGGUUCAUCCUGUGCUCGUGGAGAGGUUCCUGAUACAACCAAACAGUCAAGCACCUGCUUAAGUAUUUGGUUGUGCUUGGGUAAAUUCAAGUCCUGAUGGUUGAUGUCAGUGGGAAUUGACCAUAGUGGUGACAGAAGGAUCUAACCCCUAAUAUUUCACAGAACGGAAUAACUUGAAGUUGAAUUUUUAUCUGAACUCUUUCUUGCAAAAAUGGACAAUGGCUACAAACAACUGCAAAGAAAGAGCUGCAAUAUAUGGAAAGUGGCUUAUCCUAGAGAAAACUGGAAGUACUGGUGUCAUUUCAUUGUAGGUUAAUACAUAGUUUGUUUUUUUUUUUUGUUCCCAUCAAUUCUUGUUGCUGUUAAGAUGAGUUUUAUUUCUUUUAACUGUUUGGUGGGAUUUGGCUUUGGAGUGUGUGUAUGGGAGGGGGAGGGGGGAGUUAUUUUGAACUGUAGGACUCAGAGGGUGGUUUGUGUCACAUAAGAAGGAAUAUGUUGUAAUAAAUGCUAUUUAUUUCACCCCAACCUUCAGGCUUCUGUUAGCUUCAAAUCUCUACCCAGCCAUUGCUUUUCUCUUAAGAGAUUGGGUAGUGUUGCUAAUAAUAGUUAUCUCCCAAGGAAGGCAAGGGAAUUUUAGUGUGAUUACUUCUAGCUAUAAAGCAGGUAAAAAUAGGGCAGAAAUGAGAACAGGAAGUAUCUUGGUUUUGAUUUUUUUUUAAUCAACAGUUGAUAUAUUUGUUUUGCUGCUUUUAUUGCUUACAGUGUACCAUUUUCUGGGACUGCUCUUACCUCCAUCUGAUUUUUGACUUUCACUGAUUUCAAUGUGAGCAAAACUGGGCCUUUUUUUCUAAGCUACUCUUUUCCUUUUCAGUGGCAAAAACUAGAAUGAAGUGAGAAUGUUAUAGAAUGCUAUAAAUUUUCUUGGGUUUUUUAAUGCAGGAUAGCACUCUGCCAUUUCAUGCCUUUAUGAGAAAAAUGCAGUAGGAUUUAAUGUAGUUUUUCUGCAUGUUUUUCCAUUAUCUCAUCAGAAAUAUUUGUUAGUUAAAAUUAGUUUUCAUAAAGCUACCUUUGUUCCCCUUUUGUUAAAUUCUGUAGAACUUUUUUAUAAGGGUACCAAAGAAGCAAAUGGAAGACAAACAUGUUUCAGCCUUGUGGUGCACAUGGAAUCUGUAUCCUGUUUGCAUUGAGCUACUUUGGAAAUGCUGUGACUUCCUUCCAUUCUGCUGGAUUGCUGCACUUCCUCCAUGGAAUGGUAUUUGGCAUGCUGUAAACAAUGUAUAAAAACACCUACAUCUUCUGAACAGUACCAAGUGAUGGUGGCUGACACCUGCUAUGGCAUUUUGUGUUCAUAAGUCAACAAAAUGAUUUCUACUUGUUUGGAAGUGAAACUGCAUUAAAUGCAAUUCUUCCACAAACCAUUAUGUACUAUUGCAGAGCAUAAGUGUCUCAUAUUGCUCCCACAGGAAAAAAAGCUUCCACUUUUCUUACUCUUAUCUGUAAGAAAAGGAGCUUAAAUACCUAAUUUAAACUGUUUUCUCACUGAUGUAAUUAUUUUUUUAUCCUGCACGCUGUGUCUUCUACAUAAUCAUUCUGCCUAUUUUGUUGUUUUAGAAAAGAUGUCAUGGAAAGAAUCCUUGAUUUUAAAGAUGAAUAUUGUCUUUUCUGUUAGCCUUGAGUAAAGCUGCCAGAAUUUCCAAGCAGAGACUUGUGUACAUGCCCUGCAUCGUGAACACCCAGUGCAUUUGUUGCAGCCUGGAAACACUGGACCUACUGCAUGUAAUGCAAGCAGGUGAUCUGCAUAUGCACAACAAAUCAAAAUUCCAUCUGCACAGGUACAGUAGCAUUCUUGCUGGGGCUGCUCUAUGGCCACACAUCCUAGAUUAAUGGCUAAAGUCUGCAAAUUCCUUCAGAAAUGAAAACCAAUACUGAGAAAGAUAGAUGCUAGAGAGCACAAACCUGUCCAGGAAAAACUGGACAAGGAGUACCCUUAGCCUUCAUUAUGCUGAGAUGGUAAGGAUUCAGUAAUGGUGUUUAAAAUUUAAAAAAAUCUAAGUUUGCCACAGUACCACCGAUUUUUUCAGUUGCAUAAAUAAGUACAAAGAUGUAAAUGCAACAUUUAUCACAGGCAUGAAUAAACAGCUGAACAGAUUUAAAAAUACCUUCAGUUUAAUUAUAGAAAUAGCAUUGAUCAGAUAAAGUACUAAUUGGGGGAAUAUUUUAGUUAGGCUGCUCACAUUUUUCUAGACACCAAACCCAGUUUUAUAACCAGUCUUGCUCAUCUGCUAAAAACAAAAAACCCAACAAAAGGAAAUCAUGAUUCAAACUUGCAUUUCCUGUGUGGUCAGAAGUAUUGAUUAAUUGUUGUGGGGCAUAGGUAAUGCACAGGCUGCUUAGACAGUAGUUCAGUAGUUUUAAUAAUGAAAUGAUAAAAUGGUGUGAUAGGCCUUUAUGCUAAGUCUUAAGUGACAUUCUGGUGUUAGCUGUAAAAGUUCCUCUUGCGUUUUUUCUGUAAUUCCUUGAAGUGCUGCUAUCUUCCAUGACAAUGUAGCAAUAAGAGAUACCAGCUACCAGCUGUCAGACGUGUGGCUCCCCCGUCCUUCUGUCCUGCACCACUGCUCACUGACAGAACACCUCAACCAUGGAUUUAUUAAUCCAAAGAUUGUUUUAACCUAAAAAAAAAAAAAAGUGGAUUUGGAUGUAGCAGGUCUGUGUUAGUCUGUGCUGUAGAAAAAGAGCUUCAUAGAGUUGAGUUCUGGUUUAGAUAGUUCUUUUCACAGAAUCGUAGAAUCCCAGGUUGGAAGGGACCUCAAGGAUCAGCUGGUCCAACUUUUCUUGGCAAAAGCAUGGUUUAGACAAGAUGGUCCAGCAGGCUAGCCAGCCAAAUCUUACAAGAGUCCAAUGCUGGGAAAUCCAACACUUCCCUGGGAAUAUUACUCCAAUGGCUGAUUGUUCUCAUUGUGAAAUUUUUUCUUUUUAAUGAUUUCUACUUGGUGCUGAAGUUUUACUGGUGUUUAAAUCAAUGACAGGAAUUGUAUUUAAAUGCAAUGUUUAGGAAUGGAGAACAUGUUCACAAACAUUUAAAAAAGAAAGUGAAAAUUAUCUAUAGGGGUUUUGUGCAUAAAAACCCCAUGGACCUAUAUGCACUUAUGGUAGUGCUCCCCAUUUCCCCCAAGUCCUACAUCAGACAAACACAAUCCCUCUUUUCAGCCCCUGCUUAGUUCUCAUUUAAUUCACAACUGAAACUGUAACUAGUGCUGCAUGUAGUUUAGGAGCUGGGGUUUAUUUAAAGCCUAGUAAAUCACUGAAAGUCUUAUGGCAAUAGCAAAAUGGUAGUUUGGGCAAAGUCACUCUCUUGAAACACUUUGCUAAAUAAAUAUUGUCUGAAAGAAGAAAGAAACUAAUCUGCUUAGACAGGAUUAAAAUGGUGGAUAAUAAAAACCUGAACUAUUACAUUGACUUACUCAUCCAGGUAUCAUGUGAAGUGCUUACUGAUGUUGGAUUUUCAUAAGGUCUAAAGUAACCCUCACAUAGAAGUGCCUGUAUUCUGUUAUUGCCAUUCUUGAGCUUUUUAAUAGUCAUAGCCAUAUAUUUUAUAAAUAUAAAACAUAUGCAGCUUUUAAUCUUUACAUUCAGUUUGCAGAACAAUGGUUUACAGAGCAGAAGUGUAGCAAAAACAAUGUAAUAGCUUCUAUAAUUCCCUGAUAAGGAACGGGAGAAGUACAAAAAUGAGGAGCAAAAGACUAUCUGUGUAAGAUGUCUUAAUUUAGAACCAUAUACUUGUCCAAUUUAAUUCCAUCAAGCUAUGUGGUUACAAGAGUGCCAGAAAUAUAUCUAUCAAGCCAUUUUAAAUAAAAUGUUUUGUGGACUUGUAUAUUCCAUUUGUUUGUAAAACAUCCUUUUGUGCACUGUAAUGAACUUGAAAUGAAACUUAAGUUAUACUCUCAUAUCACUGGACAGAAUACUGUUCAGCUACCUCUACAUAAGUUUGAAGUAAUUUGUUUUUUUCCAGAUUUGUUUGCAUUGUCAUAUAAAAUAUAUUUUAAAACAAUCAUAGUCCAAAGAACCUGUAUGUGUUUGUAGAUGUACUUAUAACUAUGUUGUACCAACAAAGUCUGUGUGGAGAGUUGUUUCCUAAUUAAAAUUUUUGUCUUCUUUAC